UAUACAGAGUCUGACUGAAGUGCUUAGUUAUUGAUAAAAUUAAAGAAAUUAUCAAAACACAGCUCGAUUUACAAGUGUAGUGUUGGAGAGCGAUGGCGGAACUGGUCGAUGGUUCAGGACCUUACAACUACAGCAAAAACUCCUCCUUUCACAGAAAAUCUAUAGAGAAUGCUAAUGAACUAUUAGAGAAGGCAAUUGCUGAGAAACUUGAAAUCAACAACUAUUCUUCUACAAAAACCUUUCAAGUUGCCGAUUUGGGUUGCUCAGUUGGACCAAACACAUUCUUGGCAGUGCAAAACAUUAUUGAUGCUAUCGAGCUCAAGUAUCAAAAAACCCAAGGACAAAGUAGUUUUCAACUUCCUGAGUUCCAAGUCUUCUUCAGUGAUCAAAUCUCUAAUGAUUUCAAUCAGCUUUUCACAUCCCUUCCUCCAGAAAGAAGAUACUAUGCAAUGGGCGUGCCCGGUUCAUUCCACGAUCGCUUAUUUCCCAAUAGUUCUCUACACUUUGUUCAUUCUUCCUACUCUCUCCAAAUCCUUUCUGAAGUGCCGAAAGAGGUGGAGGACAAGAGCUCUCAAAAUGGGCUCUGA